AACCACCACUCCGUCCAUCGACCGUAGCCAUGGCCAUCGCUCCUAUCACUGGAAAACUCAGAAAGAGGUUCUGGCUUGACCUAACCUGCGGCCUUGGCCUCGGUGUUUCCGCCGGUUACGCUUUCUGGUACGGUGUUCACCUGAAGCAUGUUCAGCGCCAGGAGGAGUUCUACCUCAAGCUCGAGAAGGCUCGCCAAGCGGAGGCGGCAUGAAGUGGGGCAGUUCUGGAAACAUAGAGUGCGGGCAGCUAUUCCUGUGACAUUCCUCGUAUGCAAUGCAACCAACCAGAAACCGCG